ACCCGGAAUCGUCACAAUAAUCACAAUUCUCACAAUCCUCAGUCUGUGCCUUUGUUCAUCUAUCGUCUACCGACCAGGAGGGAUGUGAGUUGAUGUUGCCCAUGGCAGGUCGCCAUAGAUAAGUAUAGUUCUUUUUGCAUAGCAGCGACAUAUAGAUAUACAGUACUAUGGCAAGGCUGCUUAAUUGGUUAGUGGCAGCCUUGCAGGGAUGAGGCCUGUAGACGUGGCAGUGCGUGGUGAUGCCCGACUUUUGACGAUGACGUUGUUGUGGCGUAACCACCCAUUGUCCAUUCCACUUCCCACUGUCUUUCCAUGACCAUGUGUGCGGCCACGGAGAGACUUCAUCCUUAUCCUAGACUUGCGCGCUUCUAAACUUCUUGUUUAUUCUUUUCAUGCUACACCAGCCACAAUUUGACUGUCGAUUCUUCCAUUAAAAUCCACUUGCAUUCAAUUCGACUUCUCAGUGGCCCAUCAUGGCGAUGCAGUACAUCAACUAUAUCAAGGCGCGAACCCAUUUGACAACCUCCAAAAAAUCAGAAACUCCGGUGCUUUCGGAGGAAGAUGAGCAAUUUCUGGAUCGCAUCACGUCCCAGGAUAACCCACCUCCAUUACCUGCCCGGCCCGAUGUAGUAGAGGCCAUCAGGGAUGCUCAAAUUGCACUCAUGGACGGUGCCCAGAACAUUCCGUUGCCAGAGACCCCGGACGUCACCGAGCAGCCUGGAGCCGUGCAAGUUGCUGACCCGUCCGCUACGGACUCUGGAACGCCGAAACCCCAAGGCACAUGGAGCUGGAUGAGGCGCGAUAGCCGCGAGGGUCAACGUCAAGGCCGGGAGGCAACUGCUGCCGGACUCGACCACAUUGCCCAGAACCUUCGAAAAGAAGAACAGGAUGACAGUGAGGAGGAUAAAGAGGCUCAGAGGGAAGAGGAAGAUAUGACCAUUGUCCUUGAAAAGCUCAAUCUUGCGGCAGUCAACAACCGAGUCUUCUCCAUCAGUGACGAGACACAAGAACUUCUGCAACAGUUCAACCUGGUAUUCAAAGAUCUCGUCAAUGGCGUACCCACGGCAUACGGCGACCUGGAAAAGCUCUUGACCAACGGCGAUAGGCAGCUGCAAAAGACCUUUAACUCAUUGCCGGGUUUUCUGCAGCAACUCAUCGAGAGGCUCCCAGAGACAAUGACGAAGGGCCUUGCUCCAGAAAUCAUGGCAGCCGCAGCAGAAAGAGCUACAAGGAGUGGUAUGAACAUGGGAACGGCUGGAAAAGCAGCCGCUGCUGCUUCCAGAUUCGGCUUCAAGACACCGUCGCUGAAAGAGUUGACCGGCAAACCCACGGCCAUUACGGCCACCUUAAGGUCAAUCAUCGGUUAUCUGCGAGCGCGAUUUCCAGCCUUCAUGGGAGCGAAUGUUCUGUGGUCGCUGGCAAUGUUUGUGCUACUUUUUGUCUUCUGGUACUGCCACAAACGUGGCAGAGAGGUUCGACUCGAAAAGCAACGCAAACUUACAGAAGAGGAGGUCGCAAGACUUGAUGCGGCGUAUAAGGUUCGAAGUCCUAACGACAUGCCAAUGACCACUGCACCAGAAGGUGCUUCCAUGGAGGAAGUGGAAGCUGGAGUCAAGGAAGUCGAUGCUAUGAAAUCAGCCGCCGCAGAAGAGGACGCAGAAAAAGGCGCCACCGCGGAGAAACCUGUCGACCCAGCGAUAAUUCCUCCAACCGCGGUGCCUUGAUUCAGACGACCGAGCUUGGAUCUGGGGCUUCACGACGAUCUCCUGACGACUAACGAGUGACGAAGAAAGUGGUGUUGUCCGGCUGCUACGAGUAAUAAUGACGACGGAAGCGAUGAAACUGUAUUUUUCUUUUCUCGG